CAGGGUUAGUGAUGUCAGUUAGAGUAACAGAUAAAACGUUUCAGCGCGUUGGUUUGAUCUUCUGAAUAGGCAAUGGAGGAGGGCGAGAUUGUCGGUUCAUCUGCGCAGAAACUAUAUACAAAAUUUCAAUUGGAGAUAUAAAAGGACUUUACGCGGGCUUGAAGGUGAUUUAAUGAACUAUUUUUUCUUUUUGAGUCUCAGCAGGACCAGAAUGUUGUAUGAUUCCCAUUGAUUUGCUCUCAUCUCUUGUUAUACCUUGCACUGUUACUUUGUAACUAAAUUCAGAGAAAAUAAAUAGCACAUAAAAACUAUGGCUAAUAGUUAUAAUUAGGUUUGUUAUGUGUGCCAUUGUGUAGCCUUGACUGCAUAAUGUAGUUGCACCUGAGUUUCAUCUUUCAAUAUAAAUUUACCUUUAAUUAAUGUGACAUUACAGUAUAGCCCAAAAUAUUGGUUUUAAAGCUUCAGUGAAUAGUUUUGAACACUUCUGUAUCCCUGUCGCGUGGAAUAUUUCAGGGUAAUAACAACGCGGGCACUAUCGAAAAAAGCGCACUAGAGGGAGAUUGAUGGCCAGACCUGAAAUAGCCUAACCUGUACUUUCCGCGGAAAUUAUACAAAAAAACAGAAAGUACCUCUUGAACGAUAUUGAAAAGAGGAAAAGGAGAAAUCCCACCAGGGGCAAAAGUCUUCCCACUGAAUUAUAUGGUCAAGCAGAUCGGCUGAUAGUAAACAUUUUUCACAAAUUAAUUCCUGCUUCUAAAACGGAUGCUGCAAAUGAGUAGUCUAAUGACAAUACGUUCACCCAUUGUACUCCAACAGGCGGUAUCAUGGCAGGUUGUUCGGUUCGUCACUUUCCCUAAUAGGCAUGGCCCAUUUACAGUGCUGCAGGUUUCAAAGGCGAGUUGAUGUGAUGCGCGCAGGGAGACUAGAUGAGAGGCAAGUUGUCGUUUUCUUUUUCACUGGCGAAAUAGCCAGAAGCAUUUAUAAACUGAUAUAGGCUACGAUAAACCUCAAUAUGCAGUAGCCUAAAAAUAUUGCGCUCAGACAAUGUAACAUAGGCCUACUGCUACAGAUCCCCAUUUGAGAGCACUGACGGUUUUCAGCUGCUUUUUGAAGUAUUAAAGGAAAACUGGCAUCUGAUGAAAAUAGGCGCGACUAACCUGCCUUGUAAACACGUAAGCAAAUCCUUGAAGUACUUAAGUAAAUGCUUAAAGGGCAUUGAAGGCAUUGCACUAAAUAGACCUGCCCAAAUAAAUAUAGGGAAUGGCUUAAGCAAACAAUAUAAGUUUGAAUCCACGGGAUGUGUUAUGCCCUAAUACAAUUUUUCAGAAAUAGUUAUUUUGUUAUCACUAGUUAAUUUAAUGGAAGAUAUGUGAUUUAAUCACAUCUGAUCUUGCUGCUUGUGCAUUCAACGUUAUAUAAUAGAAGGAGGACUUUGAGAACUGAAAACAUUUCAAAACAAGAAUUCAAAAUCUUUGCUCUAAAAUGUUGUGUCUCAGACUACUGGCUGUUGUCCUCAUUAUGAUCAACACAUGGCUGCUAAACUCUGCUCAAUCGGAUCAUAUACGAAGGUACAAGCGCACAAUGGCUCAGAGAGCUGACAAUGAACUGGCUCACUUAGCCAGUGAACAGUGCUGGUCCACCAGACAGCGGAGGCAACCAACAUACUCAGCAUCAGCUCUACACCUCCCUCCAGUGGCUCACCCAAGGAGAUACACCUCCAGGCAAAGAGGUGGUUAUCACAGAACUCCCUUUUUGGAGUCAUCCUGUUCAGGUGGGUGCAAUUCGGACACAAACUCUCAUUCAGGACUGCAUGCUAUCUCUCAAUGGGACGAUGGUGAGAAGAAGGUUAGUCAGGGUAACUCGGAGGCAGUUUUACCCAAAGACAUGGAGCAGAGACAUGUUAGGAGUAUGAGGAUGGUUAGUUCUACCCCCGACUCCAGUAAAAAACCUCCCAGUCGGGCUGAAGAGACAGUGGGAUCAAACCAUGACAGUGACAAACCAGAGGUUGAUGGUGGGCGCUCUAAAGGCCCACACAAGCAGCAGCUGCUUAAGAAGCAGAAGAGAGAUUUGACUGACAGUUCCAACUUCCACAGAAAGGUCCGCAGUAGCUCGGCAGUCUCCCAUGGUGAAGACAGUUGGCCAGCUUUCCCUGAGGGUGUAAUAAACUCCUGGGGGAUAUUCUCUAAGUUUCAGCAGCACAGUGACUAUUCGGCUGAGGACUUCUCCGGGGAGCAGGAGGGACCACCAAGCCACGGCCCCGCCAGCACGUUGUGGGGUGCCCAGAUCCCAGACAUCCCUAAGUGGAUGUCUGCUUUGUACUUUAAUGGACAAAAGAAACAACUGAGGGUAAAUCCUGCAGCUGGCAUUGAGCUUCCUCGGGCCAAGUUUAGUGUUGAACUGUGGGUCAAACCAGAGGGUGGCCAGACGAACCCAGCCAUUAUAGCAGGGCUUUUUGACAACUGCUCCCAUUCCUUAAGCGAGAAAGGAUGGUCCGUAGGUAUUCAGACAGUAGAGUCCGGGGGGAGAAAAGAUGCCAGAUUCUUUUUCACAGUCCGUACCGACCGAGCUCCAAAAGCUACAACUAUCUUUGGCCAUCAGCACUACCACCCUAACUCAUGGACUCACCUGAUGGCCAGCUACAACGGCCUCAAGAUGACCCUCUACAUAGAUGGCGCCAAGGUGGCAGAAAGCGGUUUGCAGUCUGGUAACCUCCACAGCCCGUUCAUGCAGACCUGUCGAACUCUUCUCCUUGGGGGGGACCAGUCAGACCUUGGGCACAACUUCCGAGGGCACGUCGGCGGCAUCGUGUUAUGGGGUCACCCUCGGACUCACCGGGACCUGCGUAAAGGGGCUUCUCGGAAUGAUAAGGUGGAACCGAAGCUCGCUCUCUGGGCCGACUUCUCCAAGGCGGAGCGACAGUUGAGUCCUCACAAGGAAGGCAACCACCCGUCCGUUGUGAUCAUCCCUAUGCCCGAGCGGGAGCAUGUGUCGCCCUUCCUCCCCCCGACCUGUGGAUUAACAGCCUGUGACAACACCGACAUCAUCCUCAGCUACAAUAACCACUGGCAGCUGCGCACCGCGAAGAGGAUCCGCUACCGCAUUGUCAACAUCUGCAACGACGACGGGAGUCUUCCCACCGUCUCCCAGGGCCAGAUCGCGACGCAGCACGCAGCCCUCGUCGAGGCCUUCCUGUCCUACAACAUCAGCUUGGAGAUGAGCGUCCACACCGUCAGGAACACGUCUCUGCGCCAGCGCUUCGUCCUCAGCAACUGCCGGAUCGGUAAGAUCGGGAACAGGCACUGUGACCCGGAGUGCGACCACCCUCUGACGGGCCACGAUGGUGGGGACUGUCUACGUCUCGGGCCCUGCUACAACUGGAAGAGGCGCGAUGGGGUCUGCAACGUCGAGUGCAACAGCAUCCACUACGACUACGACGACGGCGACUGCUGUGACCCUGAGGUCACGGACACCCUGAGGACGUGCUUCGACCCCGAGUCCCCGGACAGAGCCUAUAUGAGUGUGAAGGAACUGAAAGAGAUGUUGCGGCUCAGCAGCACAGACACCCUCAACGUUUUCUUUGCCAACAAUUCCGCCCGUGAGGAGUUGGCAGGUUCUGCCACGUGGCCAUGGGCAAAGGAGGCCAUCACCCACCAAGGGGGAAUGGUGCUGAAUCCGUCCUACUUCGGAACCGCGGGGCACAAUAACACAAUGAUCCAUGAGAUGGGUCAUAUAUUUGGCUUGUACCACGUCUUCAAGGGGGUCAGCGAGCGGGAGUCCUGCGAUGACCCCUGCCGGGAGACCACCCCGUCCUUGGAGACCGGCGACCUGUGCGCAGACACGGCUCCUACGCCCAAGUGGAAAGCCUGCCACGACCCCGGCCUGGUCAACGACACCUGCGGGACGAUGGUGUACCGCGGCACGCCGUACAACAACUACAUGAGUUACACGGAUGAUAACUGCACCAACCAUUUCACACCAAAUCAAGUCGCUAGGAUGCAUUGUUACGUGGAUCUGGUCUACGCGAACUGGCUGAACAACAGAAUGGCCACCCCCAUCCCUCUUGAGCCUAUGGUGAUUGGGAAGAGCUCAGACUCGGUCACCAUUCAUUGGCUGCCGCCUGUAACAGGGCCACUCCACAAAAGUUCUUCCACAGUGGAUGGUAUAAACUGCAGGGACUGUGAUAUGGACAGUGUUUUCCAUCAGUAUGCCUAUGAGGCGACCUCUCCUAGACUCUGCGACUCUGAUGGAUACUGGACACCUGAAGAGGCUAUUGGCCCCCCAGAUGUACAGCAACCGUGCGAGCCCAGCCUACAGGCCUGGAGUCCGGAGCUCAGCCUUUACGACGCCAAUGUGACGUCCCCGUGCCCUGAAACGGGGGGCUGCAUCCUGAUGCUGCGCUUCCUUCACCCUGUGGUCGCCGACAGCCUCACCGUGUGGAUCACCUACAUCUCAGCCGAUGAGCAGGCGAACACCAAGGUGGAGCUGAUUACAGACACUGGCGAGGUUUUGGACAUGGGUCCCCAACAAGUCUUCUGUGAUGUGCCUCUCACUCUACGCGUGCACACCCGCAACAGGGUGGCCGCUGUCAGACUGAGCACUUUCGAUGAGAAGAUGGAGAUUGACGCCGUCAUGCUCACUUCUGGCCCUCAAAAUGCUCUCUGCUCCAGCUGCCAGCCUCUGAUCUACCGAGUGGUCCGGCAACCGCCAUUCUCUGGUGACGUGGUCCAGCAAACUCUGCUUACAUUUACAGACAGUGACAUUUUAGAGGAUGUGGAGUACGAGUACAGAGUUCAGGUGGAAGCCGGAGGCGUCCUCAGUGAGCUUUCUCCACCUCUCCUCUACAGACACGGAGCUCCUUUCUGUGGAGACGGACUACUCCAGGGGACAGAGGACUGUGAUGAUGGCAAUCUGUUGGAUGGUGAUGGUUGCUCUAAGAAGUGCCACAUGGAGUCAGGCUUCAACUGCAAUGGUGAACCCAGCCUGUGCUAUGUGUAUGAGGGUGACGGGGUGUGUGAGGAGUUUGAGAGGGGCAACAGUGUACGGGACUGUGGUUACUUCACCCCUCAUGGGUACAAUGACCAAUGGGCCUCCACAGCCGCCGCCUCCCAUCAAGACCAGAGCAGGUGCCCAGCCUUGGCAGCUACUGGAGAGCCCUCGCUGGACAAGUUGUGCAAACCCCAGUACCUUGAGAUUAACGAGAAGCCAUCACAUGACACGUGGGUUCCAUGCACAGCCCAGUCAUACACUCAGACCUACAAUGACGAGGAAGACACAGUAUGGCUCAAGGUGGGAUUCGCUCAACCAGGAGUUGCUGCGUCAGUCAUCAUCUAUUUGGCGUCAGAUGGAGCAUGGCCGGGAGAGCAGUGCAGGAAAACAGUCUUCAUCCAACUGUCUGAUACUGCUGGCCGAAACCAUUCGCUGGGUUCCUAUGAGUUGUCAUGCCAACAGAAUCCGCUGGUGGUGAAUGUGACACACAACCUGAGUCAACCCUUUUUCCUGACCACAGCUGUCAUGCUCAACUUCUCUUCACCCUUUGUUGCCGUGACGGGAGUCGCGUUACGCACAUCGUGUCACUUCAGCGCCUUUGCCCUCAAUGGCUGUUUAAGGCAGCCCUGUCCGACGGAUGCAUGCGGUCCUCCUCAGCUUGAGCACGCCUCGGUCACCUGCAGCCCUGGGACAGAGAGUUCGGAGAGUUCCCACUGCAUUGUCCACUGUCAUCCAGGGUUCACUCUCACCAUGCUCAGUGGCCAGGGACAUCCCCCCUUCCAGCGACAGACGGAGCUUCAUUGCGUACAUGGAGCAUGGGACCGCAUUGUGAGCUGUCAGCCAAUCGACUGCGGCCUCCCUGACCAGUCACACGUUUUCUUCGCUGUCUUCAGUUGCCCCUGGGGGACUACUUUUGGAAAGCAGUGCUCCUUUACGUGCAGCCCCCCCGCUAUACUUCAGGGGGACAGUGACCGGUUGGUUUGCCUGGAUGAUGGGCUUUGGUCCUUCCCUGAAGCGUACUGUAAGAUAGAGUGCCCAGAGCCUCCGACUGUUCCCAACGCCAGGCUUCUAGUGCCCCGGUGCGACGGUACAGGGCACGAUGUGGGUACCGUAUGCCGUUACAGAUGUAACCCAGGUUACUAUGUUACUGGCAACCAAAACACCAAGUCAAAAAGGAGGUUUCUGAAGGUGGAGUGUUUAGAGGGGGGCAAGUGGGAGGAAGGGGGCUGUGAACCCGUCUCCUGUCCAUCUCUGCCUGCUGUCUUUGAAGGCAUGUACACCUGCACCAACGGCUUGCACUACAACAGCCUCUGUACCCUCCAGUGCCCCCACACCUCCGAAAAUCAUACUAUUCGCUGCACCAAAGAAGGCAAGUGGACAGAGGAGUUCACCAUAUGCAGGAGGUUAGAUGGAGGUUGCCCACCUCCUCCUGAUGUCAGUCAGUUUCAGUAUGCCUGUGACCAGGGCUUCGAUGUUGGUGCAGUUUGCUACCUAACAUGCAGUGCGGCCUUGCAUGACCCAGUGGUUUUAGCCAAUGGCACCACAGCAGACAACGUCAAGCACUGGAUGCUGCCAGAAAGAGUUCAGGACAUUGUCUGUACAGGAAGGAUGAAGUGGCACCCGGAUCCCAGACUCAUCCACUGUAUCCAGUCAUGUGAGCCGUUUGGGGGAGAUGGUUGGUGUGACACCAUCAACAACCGGGCACACUGCGAGUAUGAUGGAGGGGACUGCUGUCCAUCUACGUUGUCCACCAGAAAGGUUAUUCAGUUUGGGGCAGACUGUGAUCAGGAUGAAUGCACUUGCCGUGAUCCAAAUGCAGAGGAGAACAAGAGCAAAGCCACAUUUUUGGAAGAAGGACUGUUAUGAAUGAUGGAACGGGAUGUGUGAACAGGGCCAAGGCUGGCUCACAAUGAAACAACAACAGUUGAACUUCACCCAUGGACAUACUAUAUUUCCAUUUUGUUUUCCUGUUGAGAAAUAAAGAUUAUCUCUUCUUAGUUAAAAAGAAAAACA